UAAACAGUGUGUUGGGAGGGACAAAGAGCGAAGAGAAAUGGUAGGAAAGGUGCAAGAAUGGCGAUGCGUUUGGAAUUGGAUUCAUCGCCGGAAUUGGAGAUGCAGUCAGCAGCGUCUCUUGCACGAAGGCCCAGACACCGUAGAGGAGCUUCUCGACAGGCACCUCGUCAAAACCAAAAACAAAAACAAAAACGAUAACGACGAGUUCGAGAAUCGGAGGCAACUCACCAGCACUCGCCGCGAAGCGCUCAGUUUGUACCGUGACAUUCUUCGGGCCACCCGAUUCUUCAUGUGGCCCGAUUCCAGAGGCGUCAUCUGGCGCGACGUACUCAGACAAAAUGCCCGUACAGAAUUCGAACAGGCCCGCUUCGAAACCGACCCGGAAAUCGUUACACGACUGCUUAUCGGGGGACGCGAAGCCCUAAACUCCGCUAUCGACAAGCUCGCCGAGAAGCAUAGACAUAACAUUCAGAAAGAUAAUCCCUCUGAUUCCCAUCCACGCUGAUUCAUAAGGUCUUGAAAGUGAAGGACUGGAUUCAAUCAAUCAUUUUGUGAUAUGUUUUCAGUGGAAGAACAAAAUUAAACAAGCCUCUCUCUACUAUCUUCACACUUGGCAUUUUUUUGGCCAGAGCCCGUUGUUCAUUACGAAUUCUGUGGUUAAAUCAUUAAAAUUCAUUGCCAGACACCAAUCGCUGCAUCCUUGGUGUUUGACAUUGUUCUUUCUGACAGGGUUCUUACUUGUAUGGCAUGAGCAUUCGUGAUUAUGUAAGAGUUAUUUGAAUGAGUAGUACAUUUUGAUAUGCUUUGUAGUCAGUAUGGAGUAUGUGUGUUUCUUUUUUAAAAAGUUAAGUAUUGACAGA